AUGGCUCUCGGAGGAGUGGCCUCGAGCUUGGUAUUUAUGGUGCGGCUGCUGGCCGGGCUCUUGUUGGGAUCCCGUUUGCACACCAGCCGCCGUCAACGGCCCGGCAACCUAUUCACUGGCAGCUGCAGGAGGGUUACGGAAACUUGCAUCGGCGCGGCCCAGUGA